GGAGCAGAACAGGCAGAUUGACUGAAAUAUUCUGCUGAGGGGAGCAGGGGGCGAGUCAGGAGAGGUCUGCUGUGCCAUGUGGGUAGCUCCCUAGCUGGGGAUCAAACUUGUGCUGCAGUGGCUGCGGACAGCUUCAGAGGUUGUGUCUUACCCCUUGCACCACCAAAGAGCCCUCAAUACCUUAUGUUUUGGUUGAGCCAUGUUAUUCCCUAUGAUGAUGAAAACUACCAGUAAUGUUCCAGAGAUCCCUAAAUUUCUAUCCUUGGCUUAGAGUUCCUGAUCUAUAAAACACAUGUCCAAUUUAGUGUGGAACACCAGUAUCUCCCAGCUGUUUAUGUAGGCAGCAUGUGAGGAGAACUUUCCUUCUACCUUUAACCACCAAGUUCUCCUCUCCUUUCCCCCUCUGUUUAGGAAGUAAUGCCCUGUUCUUUAUUCUUAUGACUGUCAGGUGAAUAUCCCUUACCUCUGUUUAUUGCCCCCUCAUUGUUUGAACAUUCUAGGUGGGGUGUAGGUUUUGUUUACUCUGAGUUGGAUAUUUAAGUUCGCAGGAAUAAAAUAUUGGCACAAAUUUGUACAUACUUUUCAUGUUAUGAAGAGUACGAUCACAUAACAUUCUAUACUGGUGAAUUCAGCUCAGAUGUCCCACAGUUCGUGAAAGCUGACUGACUUCAGUUCUAGAGUACUCUUAUUGUCUAUCUCACCUCACUGCCUGGGACACUGCCUGGCAGCGUGCUCUCUGCAGUUCAGUUACCAUGGCAAGUGCUUUUUAUAUUGUUAUGCGGUGACACCUGCUGUUGUCUCAUCCUGAUGACAAGUUUGUUUUUCUUUUUACAAGAAAGAGCUAAGUGUUUGGGUCUUCCGUGCAGUGCAAUCCUAUGAUACAAACUGUUGGUUUUCCUUCUCUUGUACCUGUGUCUGAAUUCAACAUGCUUUCCACAUAGCUCUUUCGCACAGUUUUCCAGGCUUAGGAUCCUGAAGUGAGGGGGAAUGUUCCCUCAAAGGGGAUGGUGUCAUUUGAGGACGUGGCUGUGAACGUCACCUGGGAGGUGUGGCAGGACCUGAAUGAUGCACAGAAGACCCUGUACCUGGAUGUGAUGCUGGAGACCUGCAGUCACCUGAUUAUCACUAGGGCAUUGUGUUAACGAUCCUGUGGUGAGCAUCAGGUUGGAGCAAAGUGUAUAGCCAUGGACUGUGGAAGAUCCCCCAAACCAGAACUUCUCAGGGGAUGGUGUCAUUUGAGGAUGUGGCUGUGAACUUCACCUGGAAGGAGUGGUGGGACCUGAAUGAUGCUCAGAGGACCCUGUACCGGGAUGUGAUGCUGGAGACCUACAGUCACCUGGUGUCCCUAGGACAUUGUGUUAAUGAUCCUGAGGUGAGCAUCAGGUUGAAGCAGAGCGCACAGCCAUGGACUGUGGAAGAACCCCCAAACCAGGACCUCUCAGAUGUUCAGACUGUGGAUUACCUCAUUAAAUCAGUCCUCGGUGAACAUCAGAGAAGUCACACCAGAGAGAAGCCCUAUGAAUGUCAAGAGUGUAGGAAGGCUUUCUACCAGAAGUUAGGCCUCUGUAAACAUCAGAUGACUCACACAGGUGUGACACCCUAUGAAUGUCAACAGUGUGGGAAAACUUUCUUCUGGAAAUCAGACCUCAAUAAACAUCAGAGAACUUCCACAGGAGAGAAACCCAAUGAAUGUCAACAGUGUAGGAAAACUUUUUCCCCGAGGUCAGGCCUCACUAAACACAAGAGAAGUCAUGCUGGAGAGAAAUCCUGUGAAUGUCAACAGUGUACAAAUACUUUCUCCUUCAAAUCAGCCCUCAAUGUACAUCAGAGAAGUCACCCUGGAGGGAAGCCCUAUGAAUGUCAAGAGUGUAGGAAGGCUUUCUCCCAUAAGUCAAUUCUUGUUCUACAUCAGAGGGCUCACAUAGGAGAGAAACUCUAUGAAUAUCAAGCAUGUAGGAAGGCUUUCUCCUUCAAAUCAGCCUUCAGUGUACAUCAGAGAAGUCAUAGUGGAGAGAAACCUUAUGAAUGUCAAGCAUGUGGGAAAACUUUUUCCAGUAAGACAGUUCUCAGUAACCAUCACGAAAUACACGCUGGAGUGAAACCCUAUGAAUGUCAAGAGUGUAGAAAAACUUUCUCUCGUAAGUCAAUUCUUGUUCUACAUCAAAUGACUCACACUAGAGAGAAACACUAUGAAUGUCAACAGUGUAGGAAGGCUUUCUCCUUCAAAUCAGUCUUCAGUGUACAUCAGAGAAAUCAUAGUGGAGAGAAACCUUAUGAAUGUCAAGCAUGUGGGAAAACUUUUUCCAGUAAGACAGUUCUCAGUAACCAUCACGAAAUACACGCUGGAGUGAAACCCUAUGAAUGUCAAGAGUGUAGAAAAACUUUCUCUCGUAAGUCAAUUCUUGUUCUACAUCAAAUGACUCACACUAGAGAGAAACACUAUGAAUGUCAACAGUGUAGGAAGGCUUUCUCCUUCAAAUCAGUCUUCAGUGUACAUCAGAGAAAUCAUAGUGGAGAGAAACCUUAUGAAUGUCAAGCAUGUGGGAAAACUUUUUCCAGUAAGACAGUUCUCAGUAACCAUCACGAAAUACACGCUGGAGUGAAACCCUAUGAAUGUCAAGAGUGUAGAAAAACUUUCUCUCGUAAGUCAAUUCUUGUUCUACAUCAAAUGACUCACACUAGAGAGAAACACUAUGAAUGUCAACAGUGUAGGAAGGCUUUCUCCUUCAAAUCAGUCUUCAGGGUACAUCAGAGAAGUCACACUGGAGAGAAACCUUAUGAAUGUCAAGGGCCUGGGAAAACUUUCUCCAGUAAGACAAUUCUCAGUAACCAUCACAAAAUACACACUGGAGUGAAACCCUACGAAUGUCAAGAAUGUAAAAAGACUUUCUCUCGUAAGUCAAUUCUUGUUCUACAUCAAAUGACUCACACAGGAGAGAAACCCUAUGAAUGCCAGCAUUGUAGGAAAACUUUCUCCUGGAAAUCUUCCCUCAGUCAACAUCACAGAACUCACACUGCAAAGAAACCAUGUGAAAUUUUCUCCCAGAGGACAGUUCUGAUUAUACAUCAGAAUUCACACGGAGAGCUGCCUGUGAAUGUCUAGAGUAUAUGGAGACUUUGUUCUGGGGUGAAUGAACAUCUAGAGAACUCCUUAUGCAUGGCAAGAAUGCAAUUACAGCAGAGAUAUAGGGAAACGAAACAAGGGGGUCAGGGAAGUCAAUCUUGCCAGCAGAUUAGAACAGACAAUGCAGGAGAGGUGGAGGGUCAAAGAAGGGGUAGAGGGCGAGGGGUCAGAGAAGGGGAGGGAGGAGCACUAGAGACUAUGAGGAUGGUUCACGGGUGAUUUGGGGACCAGAAUAUUAUCGGGAUUAUUGCUGAGGGGGAAAAAAAAUCAAACAUACAAAAAUGAAUAUUGAUGUAAAAAAAAAAAGUAAAGCUUUUUACUGCAAAUCAGAUGUCACUAGAGAGCAGAGAACUCACUAAGGAGAGGAGCCCUGUGGCCGUCAAUACCAAGGGGUAGCUUCACGCAGUAGGAGUGGUCAGUGCAUCAGAGUAGUCACACAGGAGAGAAACCCUGUGGGUGUAUCGUGUAGGGAAGUGAGAUGGAAGUCCGCCUUCAGUGAUCAUAAUUCAGAGUGUGUAACAGUGCCUGGUCGGAUGUGCACAUGUUUACACGGCAUUUCUAAUUCUGUCGGCAGGCUUCUUGCAUUUCUCUCCCUUAUUACCGUAUCCCUAAACUCAGCCCAGGGCGAUGUGAACACAAACAAGGGACAUUAUUUCUAUGAUAAAAUGUUUAAAAAAUUUUAAAACUUGGGAGCACAAACAGAACACACCAUUCAGUUGAGAGCACUGUGCACAAACAUGCAUUUAAAAUCAUAAUUGCAUGAAAUCAUCUAGUUCAUUAUUUUCUCCAAGGUUAAGCAGGGAUUAUGUAGCUGUUCCUGUUGCUGUUGCUUCUAGUGUUCUCUUAGUUGCUGGAUGAUGCUGUUCCUGUCCGUGGUAGCUGUGGGUCUACCUGGUACAUUCCAUGGUGCAUUGGUAAGUGCUCUCUCUGGGUUCUUUGUUGCCAUGUUCUGUCCAGUGCUCUGCACCUCUGUAGUGCCAUGGGACUAGACAAAGUGCCACCAGUAAAGCUGGAAUUUCAACACCAAAAUGUCAUUAAAGAAAAAAUUGACCUGUUUUAUAGUUACAUAGAGUGAGGUCUGCAGGUGUUCUGACUGGGGUUCUGCAGCACCCAGGGCUGCAUGGUGGCCCCAUCUGCAGCGGCUCCCAGUUGUUACUUUAAGUUCACUCUGUUUUUCCUGCCCUUCAGUCAGGCCCAGGCUCCUGUUGUGUAACCUGAUCAUCAGUUUUUCCCUUAGGCGUUUUUCUUUGUUUUGUGUUAGUUUUGUUCCUGUCUGGAGGAGGCCAGCCCUACCUCUUCACUCUGCAGCCAAAUUGACAAAACUCUUCAUUUCUUGUUUUGGUGAGAAAGGAAUUCAAUUUGGAGACCAGAGUUACAGAAAAGCCAGAGAUUAACUAAUAAUAAAGAACAAAAAUACUGUUAGUAGAAAAGUAGCCACUGAGGGGUGAAAGCAGGUGAUCAUAUACCCAUAUAGUGGGCAUGGAGUAGGGUUUUUGGUCGCUGGUGUUUCUGCUUCUGUCUCUUUCCUAUUGGCUUGACCUGUAGGGUCUCCUAAGGCUAUUGAGGGCCGCUGAUUUUGUGUGGUUCUCCUAGGCUACCAGGAAUCUGAAUUUGUGGCUUCUCCUGUGUUUUCCAGGCCCACUGAGUUUGCCCAUGUUACCUGUCCUUAUUUUCGAAACUAGCCUUGGUCUAUUGAUUUCGAAUUGUGUUCCAGUGUUGGUAUCCUCAGCAUUCCUCUCUUUACUGGUUUGGGGUGGGAGACACCAUCCUGUUCUGUGAUUGUUUCUCUGUCAAAGUGAAAAUGGAUUUGAGAUUUGGGGUACCCUGUUCCUAACUGACCAUUUCCCCACUUCUUCCUUCAAGAACAUCUCAACAGCCAGACGCCUUCCAUCCUAUGUUUCCUCAUCAGAGAGGCAGGAACCCUUUUCCUGGGACUCCUGACUCUCCCAUCUGAGUUCCAGUCCUGCAGGGGCUUCCUCUUUGGGUGCUGCCCUCAGCCCUUGUGCAGGGAGAGGCCCCCUGCAGCGCUGCCUCGGAUGCUCACACUCUUCCCUCCACCUGUCAGUAGGCGCUUCCCCAGUUGAUUCUUUCUGUUCACAUUUCCAAAUUCCUGUGACUGACGGGGUUUCUUUACCUUGAGAGCAUCUUUACAAAUGUGAAGAAUGUAGCAAAGCCUUUAACCAGAAUUCAAGUCUCACUCAACAUCAGAAAAUUUAUAUCAGAGGGAAAUGUUAAAAUUCUGAAGAAUAUGGCAGUGUCUUUAACCUGAAGUCAAAUGAUCCUAAACCUCAGAGAGUUCAUACUGAGAGAAACCUACAAGUGUAAAGUGAGGAAUAGUUUGUCCAAAUAUAUAUUUCUAACCACCAGAUUUUCAUACUGGAAACUUUAUUAUUUUUUUUUUAAAGAUUUAUUUAUUUACUUACACAAGCACUGCGUACCGUCAGAAGCACGGAAGGGUGAGAGAAUUCACCGGAGCCAAAGCAGAGAGCAGAACAGGCAGACUGACGAAGUACACUGCUGAGGGGAGCAGCAGGUGGCAGGAGAGGUCUGCACACCAUGUGGAACCCUCGACUGGCAGAUGGAACCGGCGCUGCGGAGGCUGCGGGCAGCUUCGCAACCCAGUGCUCAAAUCACUGCGCCAUCUGGGAGGCCCAUACUGGAAACUUUAAAGAAGCAAAAAUGUGUGAAAGUAAUUUAUAAUCAAAUUUAAAUACAUAUUAAGAUUGCCGUACAGGGCCUUCCUGGUGGCACAAGGGGUUAAGCACAGCACUAUGAAGCAAUCUACAGCCUCUGCAGCAUGAGUUCAAUCCCCGGCCGGCCAGGGAGCAACCCACAUGGGGCAGCAGACCUCUCCUGUCUCACCUGCUGCUCCCCUCAGCAGUGUAUUUCAGUACACCUGCCUGUUCUGCUCCCCACUCUGUCACUGGUGAAUCCUUUCACCCUCCCCUACACCUCUGGCCUGUACCCCAGCUCUUGUGUGCAUAAAUAAAUAAAAAAAAAUCUUUAAAAAAAAUGUUGCAGUGCAGUAGGAAGUCAGUAACACUUCUCAGACAUUACCUUAAAUCAGAAUAUUUUUAUGGCACAAAAACCAACUUUAAAAUACUAAAUCUAAGUAUAGUUUAAAUGCUCAAGAUGAUGGUUUGGGGACAUGUGUAGUUAUACUUUAUCCUUUUUAUACCAUACUUGACAUGUUAUGAAGAGACAUGAUGAAUAUAAUUCAAUUCUAAAUCACUGCAUUCUCUGGCUUUCUCUUAUGUACAUGACAUCAUGUGUUUGAUUUUGCUGCCUCAAACAUCUAAGGCACUCUCCUCUAUUUGAUGUAUUUGUUCACAUCUAACUUGUUAGGACAAAUUUAGGACAGUGUAAUACACCAUGUAUGAAGAAGAUGUAAAUGGAUAUGCUGUUUGUGGUUGACUCAGAUUGAUCUAAAUCACCAAAAAGAGUUACAGGCUUCAUUAUUGGCAUACAUGUCAGACAGAGGAACAUGCUGAAGUUCAAAUCACUUCAUCAGUUUCUCCUUUAGGGAAUACACUGUUUAUUAAAAUUCUGACAUUUCUUCAUAGUAGUAAUAGACAUCAUGAAUAUCAUUUGAUAUUGUUGCCAAAACAAAUCUUCACAGGCACAUGAUGAAAGACCAGGUGGCUUUUCCAUAACAGGGCAUAGAAUUGUCCACUCAUAUUUGCCAAGUAAUGCAUCUCCAUGUUGACCACCAACUCUGGGAUCUUGGUAUCAGAAGAACAAGAAUGUUUCUUAAAUGACUGACUCUUGAUUUUGACCAAAGAGCAUUCAGUGGUAUCUGUUUUAUUUCAACUCUGUGUGGGGCCUCCCCUGGUGGUGCAGGCAGUUGAGCGCAGCGCUGUGAAGCUGUCUGCAGCUGCUGCAGCGCUGGUUUGAUCCUGGCCUGUGUGAACUUAGUAUGUAUGUUUUAAUAAAGCUGAUUGAUUUUUUUUUUAAGAUUUAUUUUUAUUUAUUUAUACAAGCACUGGGUACAGUCAGAAG